AUGGCCAAGAACUUACAGAAAUUGCCCGCAUAUCUCACCCGUCUUUUCAGUCUCGCCGGCAGGACCGCAGUUGUAACAGGCGGCAGCUCAGGUAUCGGCAAAGAAAUCGCCCUCGCACUGGGCCAGUCAGGCGCAAAAAUCAUACUCGUAGCCCGCCGAGAACCCCCUCUCGCCGCGACCGUCGAACAACUCAAGCAACUCGGUGUUCCCGCGACAUCAAUAUCAGCGGAUCUGGCUCAUCUUGCGGACCUGAACCACGCCAUCUCACGGAUCAAGUCGGCGCAUGGCGUGCCAGACAUACUGGUGAAUGCUGCCGGCAUUUCUCACCGACCUCCACUGUCACACAUCACCCAGGGACAAUGGGACUUCACCAUCGCAGCGAACCUGACGGCACCUUUUGCGCUGGGACAAGCAUUCGGGCCCGGCAUGGCGGAGCGGGGGAGGGGGCGCAUUAUCAACGUUGUGAGCCAGCAGGCUUUCCGUGCUUUUGGGAACAGCGGGGCAUACGGCGCCGCGAAGGGCGGACUGGCUGCUCUCACAAGGUCGCAGGCGGAGGCUUGGUCUCGGAAAGGCGUUCUCUGUAACGCCAUCGCCCCGGGCGUCGUUGAGACGCCGAUGACGGCAGGGGUUCUCGCUGAUCCAGAGAAGGCGGAGAAGCAUGCAUCGAGGACGAUGAUCGGGAGGAAUGGGAUCGUGGAGGACUUUGCGGGAGUUGCGGUUUGGUUGGCGAGCGACGCCAGCGCUGCGGUCACUGGGCAAACUGUGUUUGUUGAUGGAGGAUAUUCAGCGACGUAG